AUGGCAGAGGCAGAGGCGGCCAAGGAUUCGGCCGAUGGGGAUUUCGAGGCCUCCGCCUUUGAGCAGCUCGAGCGGGACUUUCAGGAGAUCCUUCAAGAGCUCGUUGGGGACAAGUCCCUGGAGCACUUCCGCAACGAGUACGAGAAGCUGCACCGGGCGCUGAAGAAGUCCCAUGAGAGUGAGAAGCAUCUCAUCAAGAAGUGUCGCGAACUCAACGGAGAGAUCGUGCAGAACGCCGUGAAGGUGCAGACUGCGUUGAAGCUGUCACAGGAGGACCACGCGACGAUCACUGCCUUAAAGAAGGAGAUCGAGCGUGCCUGGAAGAUGGUGGAGGCCUCGCAUGAGAAAGAGCAGAGGGCAAGAGAGACAAUCCAAAACCUCAAGUCCGAGAUCACCAAGCUUGGGCGUCUGGUCGAGCAAGGCGCUGGACUCAGCAUUAACCAGGAGAACAUGGUGAACCAACUGGUCCAGGAGAAGAAUGACCUGGUGAAGCAUCGGGAUAUGCUGCAGGGACAGGUUCAGCAGAUGCAGCAGCAGAACACCGAUCUCAAUGCCAAGGUUGCCAAGCUCGAGCAGGAGCGCUUGCAGGGCAAUGGUGAGCUGCUGAAGCUCCGCGAGUCCUUCCAGAAGCUUCAAGAGGAAGCAGACAAGCAGCAGAAAAGAAAAGAGAAGCUCGACAAGGAGCUCAAAGACAUGCGACAAGGCUUAGAAGCCAAGCAGAGCGAAGUGAAUGCCAAGCGAGAAGAGCUCUCUCGCGGCGAGGAGGUGCAAAAGCACCUUUCUCGCGUGUUGAGAGAAGAGAAGCAGGAGGAAGAGCGGCUGGGGAUUCGGUGUACCCAGCUGAAUGGAAAUGCGCAGCACCUAGACAAGCAAGUGCGCGAGGAGAUGACGGCCAAGAACCGCUUGGAAGAGGAGCAGAAAGACCUCAAGGCGCAGCUCAAGUUCCGCCAGGAUGAGAUCAAUGCGCUCCGCAGUUCCAAAGCCAAGACGCAGAAGACCUUGGAGGCGCUCCAAGCCCUUAAAGACAAGGACGAUGCUGAAUCGCGACGCCUGGAGGCUCGCAGCACGCAGAUGCGGGGCGAGGUCUCCGAGCUCCGCAAGGAGCUUGAGAAGCUGAAAAGAGACUCCGAGGCGCAGGAGAAGCAGGUCACGGAUUUGCUGCAUGAGCGGGACAUCCUCGGGAAGGCGCUCAUGAAGGGCGAGGAACGCUCGAAGCAGCAGGUGGAGCUGGUGGAUCUCCACAAGGGUCAAGCGCAGACCCUCUCCAAGGACCUCCAUCGCUGGAAGUCCGACCUGGAUCUGAAGCUCCAGCGGAUCCACGAGCUCGACCGCCAGCGGGAGAAGUACUCGGGAGACCUGCAGCAGGCAAAGCAGCGAUGUGAGGCUGCUCAAGAGGAGCUUCGAGGCCGCGAGUUGCAGAUGGCGCAACUGAAGAGGAGCAUCGCCGACGUGCGGGCGAAGUGGGCUCAGCAGAAGAACCUCUAUGAGGCGGUGCGGACCGAUAAGAACCUCUACUCCAAGAACCUGGUGGAGUCCUUAGAAGAGAUCAACGAGAUGCGGAAGAAAUUCAAGGUGAUGUGCCAUCAGAUUGAGCAGCUGAAGGAGGAAAUCAAAGAGAAGGAUGUUGCGAUGAUUGCGGAGCACUUCAAACACCAGGGGAUCAGCAAGGAGACAGAGAAGACCAAGCACAACUUGGAGUACCACGAGAAGCAACAGACCCGAGCACAGCAGUUGGUGGAGCAGCAAUCGUCCGAUAUCAAGAAGCUCGAGGCGACCAUCCAGGAAGCCGAAUCCGAGCGGCAAAACCAGCGGAAGGAGUUUGAGGCCGUGACGGCGGAGCGGAACAUCUUGGGGAAGCAGCUGAUCCGGCGGAAUGAGGAGCUCUCACUGAUCUACGAGAAGAUCAAGAUCCAGGAGAGUACCUUGUCAAAGGGCGAGGUGCAGUACCGGAAGCUCUUGGAUCGGCUCCACGAGCAACGCACGGACAUCGGAGAGCUGAAGCGCGACCUCUUCAUUGCUCGGCAGCAGGCCGAGUCGGCGGGAAGCCUUGAGAAGGAGGUCUAUCACCUUCAACGGGAGCUGUUGCAGGAGCGAACCAAGGUGCGUGCGCUCUCUGAAGAGCUGGAGAACCCCAUGAACGUGCAUCGCUGGCGGAAGCUCGAGGGAUCGGACCCCGGGAUGUACGAGCUCAUCCAGAAGGUGCGGAGUCUUCAGAUGCGCCUCAUUGCAAAGACCGAAGAGGUGGUGGUGAAAGACAGCGAGAUCCAAGAGAAAGACAAGCUUCACAAGGAGCUGAAUGCCAUCCUGGAGAAACAGCCCGGGCCCGAAGUGCUCGAGCAACUGGAGCAGUAUCAGGAGACGUACAACUCCAAGCUGAAGCAGAUGAAAGCAAUGCAGGGUGAGCUCCAGACCUAUCAGUCUCAGGUGUCAGAUUACAAGGACGAGAUCGAUCGGCUCAAUCGAGAACUUCAAGAAGUGAAGAAGAAGUUCUACGAUCAGAAGAAGCGCGAGAUGAUCCAACAGGAGGCCCAGCGGGGCGAUGGCCGCGUGAUCCAUCCUCGGCCGGUGCCGCAGGCGACCGCAGCUCGCUCUCAGCACCGCGCGGCUCGACCCGCCGCCCCCGCGGCCGGCGCGGGCGGCGCGGGCGCCCGGCCGGUGCCGGUGAUCACGUUGCCCAAGGACAAGGAGGCCGAGCACUACGUGAUCCACUCGGACGUGAGCACGCCCUCGGCGCACCGCGCUCGGGUGGAUGGAAGGCGUGUGGUGUCGGUGAGGAGGCGCCGGAGCGAGGCCGAGAGGAAGCCUUCUCCGGUGGAGCGCCGUCGCAGCAGCCCGCAGAGGUCCGCCUCCGCGAAGCCUCGGUCCAAGCCAGGCAUUGAGCUGUCACCACCGCAAGAGGAGAGGUCUGAAGAAACGGAGGAGGAAGUGAAGGUGCCGGCGGUGUCCGCCCCCGCGGUGGAACCCGCCGCGGAGUCCGUGACGCCGGCUUCGCCCCACACGGCCUUGCGCCGGGAGAUCGAUGUCCUGCGCCUGCAGGUGCAGACGAUGCGGGAGGUGCAAGAGCAAACUGCAGAGAUUCACUGGAAGGUGAUCUCCAACGUCGUGGAGGAGCGGAACGCUUGGGAGACCCGUUACAAGGAGAUGGCGCAAAGAGCCAAGGAGGCUGCGGCUUUGGCGCCCAAGGUCGUCGAUGCUGCAGUGAGUAUGACGCCGGCGCCCUCUCCAGUGAAGGAGGCUCCAAGGUCGGGCCCAGCCUUUAAGCCCAGUUUCUGCCGCAGCGUCGUUCAGCCUAAGAUCGACUUCAUGAGGCCUCAAGUGGUGACGCGAUACACGCUCCCAAGCUCGCUCUGCAUCAGCUCCUUGCCCGAAGGCCUUGCGACGAUGGGCAGGUGCCUGACGCCCAUGCCCCAACAGGCCUGCUUUGGUGAACCGACGCGAAAAGCCAAUGCACCACAGUCUGCGCGAACAGGGGCGCCUGGGGCGCCUCGUUCCAAGCGAUUCAGCCAGGCCCCUCAGCCAGUCGUGCCCAGGCCCAGCGAGGUGCGUAGCACAGGCGGGUCAGUCAGCCUUUCUGGGCCUUCACCAGAAGGAUUGGUUUGGAUGGAGGAUGGGGCAUAGAGACACAGAUCUGAUUUUUUGUUGGUGAUUUGAUAGAUAUAUGAUAUAUGAUAUAUGCAGCUAGGUCGACAUGGGUUCAAGGGUCGUUGUCAGCAAUCUCCAUUUUUGCACUUGUAUCCAUCUCUCCAGCGCUCGUUUCACACUCGUUUGCUUCUAUGUUCUGGGAUCGAUCGUUUACCGGUUUGCUCACCCUCCAAUUGGUGAACUCUGACACUUCGAAAACAUCGGAAGGGGGGUGGAAUGAGCACCAUGUUCACGCCCCUGACGGUCGCCGCUCGCUCUCUCGCAGUCCGCGUGAGUCGAGCUUCUGUGCCCCAAAACGUCCCGGCAGUUAUCCAGGCGAGUGAAGAAGUCGGUGCUGGAAAGGUGUGGAGCCCGGUUGGUUUGUGGUGCCGGGGGUUGGGUCUUUUCUGGCUCGAAGUCCAGACAUGUCCGUGGACAAGUGGUCCAAACUUAUUGAGCGAGACCAAUGACCAACCCUCCGCAUGUCCUUGUUCUGAUGGAAAAGGACGAUUCAUGAUGGCCAUUUGACACAUAGAACUUAGAACCUUCGCAACUUGUGAUCUCC